AUUAUGAAUCCAGUAACAGAUGUGGUUGUCAUAUUAUUGGAAACGCCGUUUCAAUGUUGGAAGUCUGGUUGUAAAAAUGAUUUACUAAAAUUAUGUUGAAAAGACAACUCGAUAGUAAUACAUUCUCAGAUUUUUUCGUUCAAAACUUUCCGUCUUAUUCUCUUAUCAAGUAUCUGAAGUUUAUUUUAUCAUUUUUCGGACAACUACAACUUUACUGCUGAUUAAUCUUAUUGUCGUCUGUUAUCAUGUGUUAGUAAUCUAGUUAUCUGUACUAAAUUGUAAAUAAUUAUGUUGACUUUUCUAUGGAGAUAAACGAGACGACCGCACGCGCAAAUGGGCGUUGGUCCACUAUGCGCACGCGUAUUUUCUUAUUAAAUUGUUUUCUUAUCAAAAAAGCGUAUUCGUCGAGAUUGAUUGAUAAACAAAUAUUCGGCCCGCAAAACGUCUCAGAUCCCUUUCGACCCAGUCCAGGGUCGUGUUCUUUCGGUUUAUACAUUUUGCCGCUUUUGGAAUUAUCGCAGUACCAUACGGACAGCGCAAAUUGUUUUUUUUGAUAUCAAAAGUGCACGGUAUCGACGUUAGUAAAUCUACUUUUAACAGUUGAACUCUGCUGCUGAACCGGUUAUCACGAUUUCCGAAUUCCAAACAACACUUUUCGUUGAUGGCUAUGACUCUAGGAAAGGAUACCAUGGGAGAGCAACCAAUAUUUACAUGCAAGGCCCAUGUUUUCCACAUAGACCCCAAGACAAAAAAAUCAUGGAUAUCGGCAUCUACAGUAGCUGUCAAUGUUUCAUUCUUUUUUGACUCUCAUCGAGGAUUGUAUCGUAUCAUUAGUGUUGAAGGAAGCAAAGCUGUCAUAAACAGUACAAUAACUCCAAAUAUGUCCUUCACCAAAACAUCACAAAAGUUUGGUCAAUGGACCGAUAAUAGAGCCAAUACUGUAUAUGGUCUGGGGUUUUCUUCUGAACAAGAACUGAAUAAAUUUAUACACAAGUUUGAAGAAGUAAAAGAAAAAACAAGACAAUCAGCAGUAAGUGGACCACAGCAGGUUCAACAAGCAUUUAUGAGUUCAACAACACCAAUUACAAGUGCUAAUGCUAGUCCUGUAACUACACGUAUUAGUCAGUCAUCUGAUGGUCAAAGUAUUAUUGAACCUCCUAACAUGACACCCACUGAUCCAAAUACUACUCCAGAAGAUACUAAUUCCACUGAACAAAUGAUUAACCAGAUGUCUAAAAUUAUGGUUACUAAUGCUAAUCACGCUGCAGAAAGUCCAAAACAUCAAGGAAGUAAUGAUGGACGUAUGAGUGGUGGAAAUUCAAUGUUACCUGAAUCUCAAUUGAAAUAUGAAAAUGAAAGAUUAAAAUUAGCUUUAACUCAUAGUUCAGCAAAUGCAAAAAAAUGGGAAAUUGAACUUCAGACACUUAAGAACAAUAAUUUAAGAUUAACCAAUGCUUUGCAAGAGAGCACAGCAAAUGUAGACGAGUGGAAACGUCAGUUACAAUCAUAUAAAGAGGAAAAUCAACGAUUGAAAACUAGAUACCUUGACGCUGAAGUAGCCAAAGGAGGAUCAGAAGUUGCUUCAGAAUUAAGAAAUGAGUUAACUAGUUUACGCUUGAAAGUUGAAAACCUUGAUGGCGAGUUGAAGAGUAAAAAUGAAGAAAUCCAAAAGAUGACUACAAAUAGAAUGCCACUUGAAGAAAAAUGCAAAGUUCUUAGUCAAGAAAAUGCAGAACUUCAAGCUGCGGUUAGUCUAGCCCAAGCACAAUUGGAAACAGCUUUAGCAGCACAAGAAUCACAACGACGUGUUAUAGAUACACUUAACAAUAGCCUAUUUGUACGCAUACAAGAAUUGGCUGCAAUACACAGAGAAAUGACAACUGCUAUUCAAACCUAAGAUCUAAAAAUGUAUCGAGUAUCGAAUAAAAGGAGAAUCAAUUUUUCGAUAUCGCUCAUCUCUAGUUCCUUUGCCACUAUAGCAUUAAAAAUAAUUUUAGAUUCACAAGAAAAAUAUCGUAACAUUUAUUGUGCUUAUCAAACAUUUUUAUGUGCAAUUUACUUAUUAAGAUUUAAAAGCCUAUCAACUUACU